CGUGACAUCAUCUUUCCGCGACGGAGCGGGAGCAAGCGGUUUUCCGUCCUCUGAGCCGUGACACUGAGGCUAUGGGUAGCCAGGAGGCCCUGGGCCAGGCAGCCCGAUUGGCCUCCUCGGGUCUCCUGCUGCAGGUAUUGUUUCGAUUGAUCACCUUUGUCUUGAAUGCAUUUAUUCUUCGCUUCCUGUCAAAGGAGAUUGUGGGCAUAGUGAAUGUCAGACUAACAUUGCUUUACUCAACAACCAUCUUCCUGGCCAGGGAGGCCUUCCGAAAAGCCUGUCUGAGUGGGGGUGCCCAGCGAGACUGGAGUCAAACCCUCAACCUCCUGUGGCUAACUGUCCCCCUGGGUGUAUUUUGGUCCUUACUCUUGGGCUGGGUCUGGUUGCAGUUGCUUGAAGUGCCUGAUCCAGAUGUGGUCCCCUACUAUGGAGCUGGAGUGGUGCUCUUUGGUCUCUCAGCAGUGGUGGAACUUCUGGGAGAGCCUUUCUGGGUCUUGGCACAAGCACAUAUGUUUGUCAAGCUCAAGGUACUCGCUGAGAGCGUGUCGGUCAUUCUCCGGAGCAUCCUGACAGCUUUUCUUGUGCUGUGGUUGCCUCAUUGGGGCCUGUACAUUUUUUCUCUGGCUCAGCUUUUCUAUACUACCGUUCUGGUGCUCUGCUAUGUGAUUUAUUUAAUAAAAUUACUGCGUUCUCCAGAAUCGGCCAAGCAACUGACUCUUCCUGUCUCCAGAAUAACACAACUGUUACCCAGUAUUACAAGAAGCAGAGCAUUUGUCAAUUGGAAAGAGGCUAAAUUGACUUGGAGUUUUUUCAAACAGUCUUUCUUGAAACAAAUUUUAACAGAAGGUGAGCGAUAUGUGAUGACAUUUUUUAAUGUAUUAAACUUUGGCGAUCAGGGUGUAUAUGAUAUAGUGAAUAAUCUUGGAUCCCUUGUGGCUAGGCUAAUUUUCCAGCCAAUAGAGGAGAGUUUUUAUAUAUUCUUUGCUAAGGUGCUAGAGAGGGAGAAGGAUGCCACACAUCAGAAGCAGGAGGACAUUGCUGUUGCUGCUGCGGUUUUGGAGUCCCUCCUCAAGCUUGCCUUGCUGACUGGCCUGACCAUCACUGUUUUUGGUUUUGCCUAUUCUCAACUGGCUCUUGACAUCUAUGGAGGCGCCAUGCUUAGUUCAGGAUCCGGUCCUGUGUUGAUGUGUUCCUAUUGUUUCUAUGUCCUCCUGCUUGCAAUCAAUGGUGUGACUGAGUGUUUCACAUUUGCUGCCAUGAGCAAAGAGGAGGUUGACAGGUACAAUUUCACCAUGCUGGCACUGUCUUCCUCAUUUUUGGUCUUAUCCUACCUCCUGACCAGUUGGUGUGGCAGUGUGGGUUUCAUUUUGGCCAACUGCUUUAACAUGUGCAUUCGGAUCACACAGAGCCUUUCCUUUAUCCACCACUACUUCCAGAGGAGCCCCCACAAACCCCUGGCUGGCCUGAACCUCUCACCAUUUCUUCUCGGGGUGUUUGCCCUCAGUGGUGGCAUUACUAGUGUUUCAGAGACACUCCUGUGCUGUGAGCAGGGCUGGCCUGCUAGGCUGGCACACAUUGCUGUGGGGACCAUCUGCUUAGGAGUGACCCUUGGGACAGCAUUCUUCACAGAGACCAAGCUGAUCAACUUUCUCAGGACUCAGUUGGGUAGAUCCAGACUCAGUGACAAAAUGACAUGACUUUGAUGAUGCUUUGACUUUUGGUACCUGGACCCACCAUGGAGUGUUUCUUGAAUAGCAUGUGUUGCUGUGCAAAAGUCCUGCUAUGGAGUGAGAGUCACCCCAUAAGUGGGGUAGCAGAGAAGAGACCACCCAGUCAAAGUCUUCCAACCAAAGGAGGGCUUUAAGUGAAGACCAAAAGCCAUUUUGUUAAUGAAUUAGUUCCCUUUGCGUGUGAUUGACCUUUGAAGUUACAUCUUCUAAUAAACUCUGUCUUAGAUGGUAA